AGGCAGCCAUGAUAUCGUUCCGCAGCGCAAAAAGCGUCCAACGGAUAAUCCGACAAUGCAGCCCUCUAGUCUCAACAAGUUUCUCACUGGGGUGUGGGAGUCUUUGUACUCCGGAAUCAGUAUAGAUCCGAUCGAAGUCAUUGAACAGUGGCGAAUAAUCGAGCCAAGUGGACAGCCGAAGCUUCUCACGGAGACCACCGGUGAGCCUGUCCUGCAGCAAUGCGACGAGACCGCCGCACAAAGGCUUUUCGGUCGGAUGAGCAUUCUUGCCCGUAAGGUCAGCCAGACAAGCCGUACAUGCCGGUCUCUCGAAGUCAUUGUGCAGGCACACUGGGUCGAAUGUUUUGACGGUCGGGUUGCAGAGCUUGUUCUGGCGAUCUCCCGAGAGAAGGCCAGAAAGGCAACAAUCGCGGAAGCCUGUGUGAACUUCAAAUGGUCAGAAAAGGAGCUGCGAAACAAGAUGGGUAUCUGGCGCAGCUAUCUCGACAUAAAGAAUGUCGCUGGCUGGGUAGCUCUAGUCUUUGCGGGCACUGGACUGUACCGUUUCUGCAAAUAUCGGGUCUCCUUCGAUGAAAAUACAUUCAGCGUUUUGCGUAAGCUUCGGCAUAGAUUCGAGAUCGCAGCAGACACCUUGCACCCGCAGUGGCGGCAACUGCUUGGAAUAGUGGACGGACCGACCGAGAGAAGGUACGAUGGUCAUCCCCAUGACUGGGUGGUCGGUGUCUCUGCAGAUGGAUAUGAGGCCAUGCCCCUGCCCGAGACCUACUGGCAGUGGGACCGGGCAUUCAGCUAUGUCCACCUCGACGAAAGCGUCGUUAACACAGACGUUUGGGAGUCAUUCGACCCUCGCGUGGUCAGCCCGGGCACGUCAACAGGAACGAAUGUAUGCCCAUCCUGCGGAGAGCACCAAUCAGACGAUGCGAGGUCAAAUCAUUGCAAUUGCUUCCCGAGUUUAUACGGCAGCACGAAGGCUGGUGCUCCGCCCGUGCAGGUGUUCAGAACACCGGCAAAGAACAACGGACUGGUCGCAUGCUGCCCAAUCGAAGCUGGAGCGGCUGUCGGCGAGUUCGUCGGCGAGAUCACAAGCGGCCUCUCGAACAUGGAUGUCAUGAUUGGUCAGACUAAUAGAGCAACAUACCAGAUCUGGCAGGGGCGGCAAGGCAACUAUACACGGUUUGUGAACCACUCCUGUGAACCGAACAGCCAGUACGAGCGCUUUCAAUGGCGCGGCACCCAACGAAUAGUGCUCGUCAGCAAGGGCAUUGAAGCUGGGGAUGAAGUCACUGUAGAUUACAGCGACACGUAUUGGAGGAACCUUGACAAAGUAUGCCUCUGCGGCGCGGCGCAGUGUCGUUAUAAGGAGCGAGACCGACACCUGCUGACGCCGCUAUCGUCAAACUCCUGA